AUGUUUUUACGUGCACCUUGCAAAAUCAAUUUAACAUUAGAUAUAUUUGAUAAGAUGGAACGUACUGAUGGUUAUCAUAAUAUUGAUUCAUUCGUGGUACAAUUUGGUGAACCAGCAGAUGAAUUACGCGUCCAUAUCAAACCUGCUUCAGAUAAGAAUUCUAUUAAAGUGACUUGUAAUGAUUCACGUCUACCUGUUGAUACUCGAAAUUUAGUAUAUCGAGCAGCUGAUGCAUAUCUGAUGCAUAUUGAUAGUCCCUUUAAUAUAGAAAUUGAUCUUUACAAGCGUAUACCAACUGAGGCAGGAUUAGGUGGUGGUAGUAGUGAUGCAGCUGCCGUUUUACGAGCCUUAAAUAAUUAUUUUAAUCAAAAAGUUGAACCAUUAGAAUUAACAGCUAUGGCUGCACGUAUCGGUUCCGAUGUACCGUUGUUUUUGGCAGAAAAACCAGUGCGUGUACGCGGUCGUGGUGAAAUUAUUGAAUCACUAGAUUUUGAGCUACCUGUGCUUUGGGGUAUCCUUGUACACCCUGGAAUAGGUGUAUCAACGCCACAUGCAUAUGCUGUUCUCGAUGCAGUGCCAAAUCGACAACCUGGAACUAGUACUGAAAGACUUCUGGCUCGAUUAUGUGACAAGAAAGAAAUACCAAUUAGCAUCAGUGAACUUUUAGCAACAGGUUUAUCUAAUGAUUUUGAACCUGUUGUACUCACUGCUUAUCCUGAUAUUGCCAAAGCACAUGAAAUUAUUGUUUCUGCAGGCGCUCUACGUACUCUUUUGUGUGGAAGUGGUUCGGCUAUAUUUGGUCUCGCUCGAGACCUUCAACAUGCUAAUGAACUAGUUGACAUAUUAACUAUUCAUUUCUCUUCUAUAAUGAUCGUUUCAAGUUCAUGUCCUGAUGCAUUUAACAUUAAUCAAAUUUAA